CAAAUUCACGAAAAAGAAAGCCUUCAGGUCGCUCUCAUCGGCUUCGUAUUUCACAUACGGCCCUUCGAUUGAUAGACCCCGUCUUUGGCGAUCGGCCUAUAUAUACCGCUCCACCCCUUUCCUCCCCACCUCCCAAAUUCCAGGCUUGCCACACAUUCUUUGCAAAUUUGCAACCAGAUAUAGCCUGCGAGGUUUUGUGUGCCAUGGGCAUGGCUGACAAGAGGCCGGCUGCAAGGAAGGCCGGGCUAAUCACCAAGACGCUGGACCGGUGCUGGACCACGCCGGCGAGAAACAGCAAGCCCGUGGAGGGCUGCUUCUCGGUGUAUGUUGGCGCUGGGAGGCAGCGGUUCGUGGUGCGGACAGAGUGCUUGAACCACCCGUUGUUCCGAGCUCUGUUGGAGGAGGCCGAGGAGGUGUUUGGGUACGCGGACGCAGGGCCCCUCGAGCUUCCCUGCAACGCUGAGGCGUUUGCCGGGGUGCUGCAGCAGAUCAAGGAGGAGAAGCAGAUGGCGGCAGGAAGGAGGUACGGCCUUGUCAGGAGGAACUCCUACCGGCUGCUCGGCACCAGCCGGUCUGUCAUCAUCGGACGGUCGUAACAUACGAAUUGGAUUGGAAUUGGAUGAUGCAGAGUUGAUGAGCUCUAAAGUUUCUGUCGAGCUCAUGUUCUCAGAUAUCAUAUACACUUUUGGAAGCAAACUUAGCAUUCCCAAGUAUGAUAAACAACAUCAUCGUAUACUGGGCAAUGUUAGAUAUUUUUCUUCUUCUUCUUCUUUCUAUUUUUAUAAGGUAAUGUUAGAUGUUGGUGGUGUGUUCCCAUCCUAAGUUGUAGUAACUGUCAGCGGAAGUGUCAUUUGAAUCUGUAAGUCUUGUGAUGUCCACAGAUGGUAUAGUGUCGCAAUUCCAAAGCAGAAUCGCACAAUUCAAUUCACCUCA